AUGACUCAAUCUCCACUAGAGUCACAAUCCAGCCCCCCCAACCAUGCCAUAACCAUCACAAUCUGGCUAGCUACCCUGCCAGCUCUAUACAUCUUGCUACGCCAUCUAUACAAACUAAACCAAUCCAUCCAACUAAAAGGAUGUCGUCGACUCGGUCUCUCCCCAUACCAAUCUAACCUCCACGACGAAUACGACCCAAAGUACACACAUGGACUCCCCGAGGACAGCACAGACGACACAGGCCGUCCAGCAUGGCGCGUGAAAGCCCUCUUCACCUAUCCCAUUAAAAGCUGUGCUGGCAUCGAGUUCGAAACUGCCGAUGCUGUGUCGACGGGGUUUGUCUAUGAUCGCCACUUUUGCUUCGCGGAGAAUAUACCACCCCGGCAGCAGCCUGACUGCGCGGGGAAUGUGCCCGUCGACAGUGAGAACACCACGUCGUCAACUCCAGCAGAAACGUACUGGACAGCCCGCACCAUGCGAGACGGCCACUUCAGCCGUUUGGCACUGAUCCGUCCUGAGAUCUGGGUCCCGGACCCGCAGUCCGCAGACUAUUGCCCGGACUUAGACGAGGUCAAGUCGCAGGGCGUGAUGAUCAUCUAUUAUCCGCGUGUUCUGCCACACGGCCAUGAAACACACACUACGCUGUAUACCAGAAUGCGUACUACGAUCCUGUCUCUAGCAAUAACCAUCGGCCUCCUCCCCACCCACCACACCAUCUCCAUCCCCCUCGCCCCACCAAAGAGCACCCCCACCGCCCCCGUCAAGAUCUGGAAAGACAGCCCCUUGGCAUACGACUACAGGGAGUACAUCCCCCAAUCCCUCCGCAACUUCCUCCAACCCACCAAACCCAACAGAGAUACUAAGCCUCUAACCCUCUUCGCAACAAUCCCCUCCCACACCCGCCCCAUCUUCCGCAACGCGCCCCGCAAAGAAUCCCUCGGCUUUCAGCCCGUCACGGCUUUCGCGGACGCUUAUCCCCUCCACCUCAUUAACCUGGCUAGCGUGCAUGAUGUUGCAUCGCGCUGUUCUAUAGACAAUCUCUCUGUGCGUCGCUUUCGCGCGAAUAUCAUUGUUACCGGGCCGGGCUGUUUUGAGGAGGAUUCGUGGAAGAGGAUUCGAGUUUAUCAUUCCUCUCGCUUGUUGAAUUGUGAUCGUAAUGGGGACCAUGAUCAUAUCAAUGACCAUGAUGUUGAUAACGACCAUGAUGAUAAUAAUAAUAAUGAUAAAUAUACAGAAAUCCACACAGUCUGCCGCACAAUGCGCUGCAAACUCCCCAACGUGGAUCCCGCGACAGGCCUGCGCCACCGUGCCGAACCGGAUCGUUCACUUAGAAAAUACAGGUGUAUUGAUCCUGGGGACCGGACGAAUGCUGCGUUGGGGAUGCAGCUUGUUCCGGGUGUUAGGGAAUUUACCCUCCGCGUUGAUGAUACAAUCAAGGUUCUGGAGAGAGGCGAACAUUGUUAUAUUAAGAUGUUGAAGCCGGGGGAGGUGUGGGAGGGGGUUUGA